UAAUGACUUUUAUUCAGCAAAUUAAAAUGAAGUUAUCGGUUAAAAAGGAAGAAAGUUGAUGAUUUGUUCGGCGAAAUUGCCUUAAGUGGUUGACAAGGUGGGCGUUUUUUGCACAAGAUAUCGCGUGACUCGGUAAAUCUCGCAGGGAGGCGCGUUCACUGACCUCAGCGCGGUCGAAGAAGCACAGCCACAGAGUAGGGAGGCGUUAGGCAAGCAGAAGAAUCUUGAAGUUGUGGAAGUGGGAGAAAAGCAUGUUGCUUCUUCGCCCGCGGCGAUUUUCAGCAGCAAAAUAUAGAGGAGUGAGAGGUUACAAAUGACUGACGGGACCUAUCGAGAUCAGUGUUUGCUUUGCAGUCAGAUUAACGGAGAUAAAUAAUGUUUUGGUGGAUCUGCUGGCUGUUGAUACUGCGUUUGAAAUGUGUAGUUCAAGCUCAAGAUGAAAACCGGGUGUUUUUCCUGCCGGGAGCGUUCCAGAACGUCAGUGUAUCGGGGAAUGAGACGGUGCAGGCUGUCACCACCGGGAUCCCCUCAGAGGUCGCGUUCGUCACGGUGCAGUUGCACACCCAGCGUCACAACGUGACGCUUUCCUACAGCACCACACCAGUAUUUGGUCUCUCUUCAACGGCAGUGGACACAGGCAUCCUGUUACCUCUUCUGCCGGGUCAAACGUCCUUUACUUUGUUUCUGUUCUCCGCUGAUGGGAGCACAGUCACAAGUACGGGGGUUAUUCUCCCAUUCUCCAACACAGAUCCUGUGCCAGGCGGGUGUAACAUUGAGUUCAAUUUAAACAUCGACCCCAACAUCUACCUGCGCUACAACCUCUUUGAAACCACGAUCCAGUUUGCGCCGGCUAACCUGGGGUAUGAAAGGGGCGACUCUCCUCCAUCCUGCGACACGACUACAGGAACAAACACAAGGUGGCGACUACAGUACGACAUCUACCGGUACUUCUUGCCUGAGAACGACUUGUCGGAGCGCAGCCUGUUUCGCGGCGUCCAGACGGUGGCGGAUGUUGAUGGCAUGGUGGAGAACGGCAAACUGAUUAUGACGCUAUCAUCAGCAGAAAGGAGCACUUUGGUUUUUACGUCCAUCCCUGGUCAAGGCGUCAUUUACUCAGUUAUUGUGAGGGAUCCAAUUCUUAACACGUCGGCCUCUUAUGUGCCGGUCCACACGUAUGCGUGUAGCUUUGCUUCGAAGCUGGAUGGAUGUCAAACGCUGGGGAAGAUUACAACAAAAGUAUUCUUUACAAUAGCUGGCUUGGCAGGCCUGUUUGUCUGCUUCUUUGGGCACCGAUUCUUUAAAUCAGAGUUGUUUUGCAUGGGCUUCAGCUUUUCCGCCUUCUUCUUUUUCGUGCUCAUCACCAGAACCACGGCGCUGGAUUACGACAUCCGUUUGGCCGUGUCGGCAGUCAUCGGCGUGGUAGGCGGAGUCCUCCUGGUGAUGAGUUGGUGGCGUUUCGGCUCGGUCAUUGCGUGCGUGGUGGUCAUCGGCCUGAUGUUGGGCUUCCUCGUUGCAUCCACCGUCCUCUUCACUCCCCUCGGUGAUCUUGAUGUGUUUAGGCGCUCGGAUGCUGUUUUCUGGGUGACGUUCUGCAGCAUCAUGAUCAUCGUUCCGCUUUUUUUCAUGCGUUGGCCCAGAGAGGGUAACAUCACCACAUGCGGCGUCAUCGGCGCGUACGCCGUCAUCCUAGCGGUGAACGCCUACAUCUACACCAGCCUUUCCUACAUCACCCUUAACAUCCUCAAGCGCUUCCUUAACAACAAUUUCAACGCCAUGUUCACUGACGUGCCCUUCCAAACAAUCGACUACAUCAUGAUGACACUUUGGGUGGUGUUGGCCGUCGCGGGGAUCGUCUUGCAGCUGUACCGGGAGCGCACGAGGCCUUUUUUCCCACCUAGCCCGUACCUCAUGUGGCUGCAGGAGCGAGAACGGCGCAAAACUAACGUGCUCGACCCGAGCCACCACUUCCCACCGCUGCCCAACCGCCUCCUGGCCCGAGCACGGCAGCUCACCAAGCGGAUGGAACCGGCUGGCGAGCACACGCCGCUGCUGCUCUAGCUCCCGGACUAAUCCAACAAGAACUGAAAGAAUCCGGACGUCAGAUGGUUCUCAUAGUUUUGAAAAUGAAUAAUAAUGACAAUGUAGCUUUUUAGCCUUUGUUCACUGCACUUUUUCCUGUUUGCACUAAAACACAAACUAGCACAUUACCCGCCCUUGCAUGGUUCAAAACUCAGGCUCAACUUUUAAUUGCAACAAUUUUAAAAGUGACGCACCCGAGAUGCCUUUAAAAAAGGCUCUGCUUCCACUUUUAAAUGUCAGUGAACAACACAACAAAACUGACUAUGUCAUAAAGUGUUUUAUAAAUUGAGCCUGCAACUUUUGCUCCGUACCUUGCGAUUCAUUGUUUUAAUCAAAAAACAAAAAUAGGUGUUCAUAUAAUGUUUUGACGUCAUUUUUGAUGCACUGACCCAUUAUCUUGUGUUGUCCACAUUGUUAUGCAAUAUUUCACAUUAACAUUGUGUCAGUAAUUUAAAGAAAAUGUCAGGAUUUGUACUAUAUCGUGCUGUAAUAUAAAUAAAAUGUGUCUAAUCCUUGCAAUGUGAAGA